CACCAUGAACCAGAAUAGGAAUCUAAAGCCUGGAGACCUCAUUGAGAUGUCCAGAAAAGGAUAUCAGCACUGGGUGAUCUAUGUUGGAGAUGGAUAUGUGGUUCACGUGGUCAUAGCCUGUGGGCACGGCAGCUCUGGGGCCAUCAGUGUGACUACAGGGAAAGAUUGCAAGGUCAAAGUGAAGAAAGAAAAACUGCAGGAUGUGGCUGGCAAUGAUAAAUACUCUAUCAACAAUUAUCUAGAUGACACAUAUGUGCCACGUCCCAUUGAAGAUAUUCUACAGGAAGCAGAAAGAUUUGUGGGAAAGGAAUUUCCAUAUAAUCUGUUAUUAAAUAACUGUGAGCACUUUGCUACACUGGUGAGAUACGGAAAGCCACAUUCCCAGCAGGCGGAACGAGCAAAGAACAAAAUUAUUAUUGCUAUUAUAAAUGCAGGAAAUGUCUAUGGAAUCAUGGCUCUUGCAACUUUAAAUACCAAUAAAAGAAGAAGAAGAAGAAGAAGAAAAAGAAAAAGUAGAACAAGAGGGGGAUGACGAACUAUGAACAUGAAGAUGGGAAAUGAAGAAAUCUUUUGAAUCUUUAAAGUCAGUAAAUGUGCUUCAUUUGAUUACAAUUAAAUAAUGUAAAUAAAUAUCCUUACUGGCACUGGCAUCCUUGCUUUUAUUAAUUUUAUGGUUUCAAAAUUCAAAAGACAAUGAGAAGCACACACAAUGAACAGUGGGAAAUGAAGAAUUAAGAGUACAGUUGUGGAGGCAUUUG